AUGCUGUCUACAAGUGGGAGGGUGAAGCGUAAGAAUGCCGCACCUCUCCAGAAGGUGGGGCAGACAAAGACAUCUGUUGUUGAUCAGCUUGAGGAAGCGCUGCAACAACGCGACUUCUCCAAGGCCACAACCGUUCUCGAGUUUUAUAAGACAACAAACCAGCCAGUGGGAGAUCUCCCCAUUAACCCAUGGUUGGCCUACAGUGCAUUUCACAUGAAUGACGUAUCCAAAGCUCUCGAUGUAUAUAAGGAGCUCUUGUCGCUUGAUGGAUGCGAUCCAAUGCACUAUAUUCACAUGGGUUGCUGCCAUUUUGUCAACGGGUCCUACGCAGAGGCGGAGGAAUGUGCGUUGAAGGGGCCGGACUGUUCACUGCAGACACGCUUGCUGUUUCACAUUGCUCAGAAGACGUAUGAUGAGGACAAGUUGCUUGUCUAUCACCAGAAGCUGAAGGAAACGGUGGAGGAUCAACUAUCGCUGGGUGCUGUUCAUUUCUAUCGCGGUCACUUCCAGGAGGCAAUCGAUGUGUAUAAGCGCAUACUUCUCGAAACCCGCGAGUACAUCGCACUGAACGUUUACGUGGCCAUGUGCUACUACAAGAUGGACUAUUAUGAUGUUAGUCUCGAAGUGCUUAAUGUGUAUUUGCAAUCGCACAAUAAUAGUGCCACCGCCAUUAAUCUCAAGUCCUGCAAUCAUUACAGGCUGUACAAUGGCAAAGCGGCUGAAGCGGAACUGCGUGUGCUGAUCGACCUGCAGCGCUCCACCUACAAUGUAGAAAAUGAUAUUGUCAAGCAUAACUUGGUUGUCUUCCGUAAUGGCGAGGACGCCCUUCAGGUGCUUCCGCCACUGCUCAACGUUGUGCCAGAGGCUCGGCUGAAUCUCGUCAUAUAUCACCUGCGCCAUGAGCAGAUUGAGGAGGCCUAUGAACUGAUUAAGGAUCUUGAACCUGUGGCUUCAACGGAGUACAUUUUGAAAGCAGUUGUGAAUGCCUUCAUUGGACAGAAGUUGGACUCAGAGGAGCAUUUGAAGACUACGCGUGAGUACUUUAACCUCAUAGGAUCUGCACAGUCCGAGUGCGAUACAAUUCCAGGUCGGCAAUGCAUGGCUUCGUAUUUCUUCAUCUUGCGCGACUUCCCCAAUGUGCUCAUUUACCUACGUUCCAUUAAGCCCUACUUCUUGAAUGAUGACACUUUUCUAUACCUUCAUGGUAUUGCAUGCGCUGCAACUGGGAGCUUUGCUGAGGCGGAGGAAUCACUCACAGCAGUGCGUUCGGAGAAGGUCAAAGCGGAGUUCAGCUACAUGAGUUGGCUUAUGCGCGCACACAUCAUGAACAAGCAUGCAAAGCGGGCUUGGGACAUUUACCUCAAGAUGGAGACCAGCGCCGAGUCAUUUAAUAUUCUUCAACUCAUGGCUAACGAUUGCUACAAGGUGUGUGCCUUUUACUAUGCUGCGAAGGCGUUUGAUGUUCUUGAGCGUCUUGACAGCGCUCCUGAGUAUAUUGAGGGGAAGAAAGGGGCCUGCAUUGGUGUCUUCCAGCAGGUGUUCGCUGGGCAGGAGCCGGCAGAUUCGUUAUUUGACGUUAUGAAAAUGUUAGAUAUGAGCGUGCAGCAGCAUGCCAAUGACCCGAAGGUUUCACAGCAAUUUGAAAGUAUUCUGAAGGUCAUUAAGGACUGGGUAAAGGAGAGCAAAUUGAAGAAGAAGUGA